GGGAAUAAUAACAUGCCUUAUACUUCCGUACUCCGUUGCUAACAUAAGACAUCCAGCUAUAUUUAUCCACCAUGCAUAUUACUAGCCUACUUAUAGUCGGGUUGUCUCUCCACCGAUAAUCCAAGAGGGUCCGAGAUGACGCCAAUGAAAAACCUUUGUUAAAGGUCUCAGUGUAAAGAAAAAAACAAAGCAGAAAUUGGGCUUGGCUUCGGUUUUUUUUGGAGUGUCACAAGAGAUAAUAUAAGUAUAUUAUUGGUGUAGCGUGGAGUGUAGCGUGGAAUGUCCACGGGUUUAGUCUCUCGCCUCUCCGGGACUUGCCCAAAUGACCCACGGGAGUUCUUGGGGUUCUUGGGUUCUUGUCUCUCUGUCAUUUCUGUCUCUUCUCUUCAUACCUAUUAUUCCAGUUUAUCCCAAUCCUCCUCAUUUCUCCCCCUCUCUCUUUUGUCUCUGAAAAAUAAAAUAAAACCAAGGAUCGUUAAUCCCGGUGAUUAGCAAAGACGUAUCCAGCUUGUAACGUCAUCUUCCUUGGCAGAGAAGCUCGAUUUCCCUAAACUCCGAACCCAACCACUCGUUCUCUUCAUUCUUAUUCUUCCAGGUUCACCCUCGUGUGGAUUUUAUGGAUUGAUCUUUCUCACCGAAUUCGGUCCAGGCGCAGUCGCUAUUUGACAGUCUCUCGUUCAGCGCAAUUGAUCUGCCUCGGCCAGUUUCCUUUUAAAUACCACCACGCCCCCAGCCUCUCUCCUUACUUUCAAGACGUUUCACAGUUUCACAGUCGAACUCAGUGAGGGGUAAUAAAGACUGAGGUUAUUGUCUAGCACAUCACGUUCCGACGUCAUGGGUCGUUCGCGUGGUAAGUCGAUCCUCCCCGGGUAUGUCGGGAAUUGCACUAGAGCCCGUUAUUGACCCUCCCUUGCGUUUUACUAGUCCGCUCGUUUAUAUCCAGUUUUGGGGGUCAAAGAACAAUGCUUCUGGUAAAGAAAGCAAAAGGUCGUCGAGCAACGUUACGCCAGUAGCCAACGUAACUCCGUCCGAUACACCACCCCAGUGGCAAACCCCUCCCGAUACACCAUCUCCUCCGACCGAAUCAUCCCCUGUGAGCUCUGGACCAAGAGGCGGAAAUGGCUCGCGACCGGCAUCCAUGAUCUUCUCACGCAACCCGCCUCUCAUGCAGCAGGCGGGCGAUACCCCGCCAGAGUUGUCGCCAAUCUUUUCAUUCCUCAAUAUCCACACGAACAAGGUCUAUCAGGAAGGAUACUUUUUAAAACUGAAUGAUCUGGAUUCUCAUGGACGGCCUUCUGGUGAUCGGCAAUGGGUGGAAUGCUACGCACAGCUGGUCGGAACUGUUCUUUCACUAUGGGAUGGCGCUGCGCUGGACGCAGCAGGUGGGGAAGAGGUCCCGGCGACCUUUAUCAAUUUGGCCGAUGCGUCUCUCAAGAUGAUCGAGACUCUUCCGAUCCAAAAUGGAGCUAUACAACCGUUGAAGAACGUACUCAGCAUUUCUUCCGCGGGCAAAAAUCGCUACCUCUUGCAUUUCAAUUCUUUCAACUCCCUGACCCAAUGGACCGCGGCGAUUCGUCUCGCUAUGUUCGAACACACAUCUUUGUACGAAGCUUACACCGGUUCUUUGAUUGCAGCAAAAGGAAGAACUCUCAACGGAAUUAACUCUAUCCUGGCACCCACCAAAUUCAAGUACGAAGAUUGGGCGCGCGUGCGAUUUGGAGCAGGAACCCCGUGGAGACGGUGCUGGUUUGUGAUCUGCCCGCCAGAUGAAAAAGAGCUCCAAAAAGCGCGGAAAAUCAUGAAGAAAUCGGCAUAUGACCGCUUGACAAUGCCUGUCACCGGAAACAUCAAGUUUUACGAGACGAAGAAGACGAAAAAGGCGAUUCCUAUUGCAACAGUUACUCAGGUUUACUCGGCAUAUGCGAUUUAUCCACAAUCUAAGGCUCUAAUUGAUUCAUCCACCCUGGUGAAGUUGGAAGGACGGAUUACCACCCACUCGCCUGAUUCUUCCUCGGAAGGACUGGUCUUUAUCAUGCCUGAGCUACAUGCUGCGGUCUCUGGAUUCGAGAUGAUGCUGCGCUUCCUUUUCCCGAUAUUCGACACUUUCAAUCUCUAUGGCCGUCCUACUCGCCUAGUAGCAGACACUAAUCACAUUAAGAGCAUCAUGUUUGCUUUCCCUAAGGAGCGACGUUACGGUUAUCUUGAUGUGCUGGACAUUGCCAGUCUUCUUCAAACCCCGGGAAGCCAAGAAUGGAGCGAAGCUCAGUGGAGAAAACAGCUCAAAGAGGCAACACAGCGCCGAAUUUCGUCUGGCAGGAGCAGAACUAAUAGCGUCAACAGCGUGAGACCUCGCUAUCGCUCGAUGUCUGGCCGAAACAGUGACCUUCCUAUGGACUCUCGCCGCCAGUUUGCUGGUCUCGAGAACAAGCCUGAAUUCAAUAGUUCUACUGAGGCUAUUAUUCAUGAAGUUCCCCAAAACGAGGGCUCACCCGUUCUGUAUCACAACCGCGGGGGUUCUGAUACCACGGGCUUCAACACUGGCUUUAGACCAGGCCAUGGAUCUUUAGUUGAAAGCUCACCUGAUUCUUCUUCUCAAGAUCUGAUGCACCGUGGGGUUCCAGCGGUCGCUCCUAUCGCUGAGAGCACCAGCUCCGGAAGCGACCCAAAUCUCGACCGUUUCCGAGGCCCACCGGUCGAAGAGCAGCUCCCUCCACGCACUCCACCGGCUCCUGUUGAAAACCCACCCGCAUUUUCGCAUGGUCCUAAAGAGAUGCCCACUAACCGGCCAGAGGCUUCUUCGGAGCAGAGGUUGGCAAACAACCGGAUGUCUCAUGCAACGCUUUCUCAACUCACAUCGGUCGGAACGAUGGGACUGAGCGGGGCAGCCGCCGGUGCUGCAUGGAAAAGCCACCAGGCACAGACUCUGAACAACCAACAGCCCCAGGACAGGAGCUUCGACAGUGCCUAUGCUCCUGGCCCGGUUGUGUCCACAAACUCUCUUGCAACUUCAUCAAGUGAUGAGGGCUUAGGUAUUGCACUCCCGGUUCGACCCCCCCAAGUUCCGGAGCAUCGCCCGAACACACCUAGUACUACCGGCAGCCCGCAGCGAUUUACUCCCCAGAAGUAUUCCCCUCAACGGAUGCAGCUUGACUCCAACAAAUCCGUGCGACGCAAACCACUCCCCCAGCAAAACCUUUUCGGGACAGAGCCACAGUCACCAGGCGAACCGAGUUAUGAUGAUCUUCGCCAUACCCUUGAUGAAGAUGCGCUGAAUAAAAUUGCUCCUCAUCUUCCUUCCCCAAUCUCAUCUGUUGGAAAAAGAAACGCAAAUGAGGACGAGAGCAUUUAUGAUGAUGCGUCGACGGUUUCGCCUGACUAUGCUAGCACCCACGGUUCUGUCUACAGCAAGAAAUCUGUCGCGUCCACCAAACCCAGAAUGGGCGUUAUGAAAACUGUGGGAGUCCCAGCAGUCAAGGAUUAUGUCAUUGGCGAUGCUCAUUAUACCAUGGAUAAGCCCCCGACCUCGAAUCCGGAUAUUCCCUCUGUCGACUUCGGCCCAACUAUGACUUAUAUGCCUACUACCGGGCGCCCAACCACAUCAGACACCCUCAGAAGACCAAUGCAUCAACGCAAUGAUUCAUCGGGAACCAAAUUUUCGGUUCCUACUCAACCAAUCGAUCAGGCUAAUGCCCGGCCUUCCAGCCGGGAGGAAUAUCGACGGAGCAUGCUGUGGCAGCCUGGAAUGGCUUCCGGUCGCCCUGUCACUCCAGGUGGAGGUCUCACCCCGGAGCAGUUCGUGCAGCAACGGGCGGCACCCAGUCCCCCCAUACAUGUCCAUAAUCGCACCCCUUCCAAUCCCAUGUCAGUGCAACGCCCGGUCUCUGGCGACUGGACACAAUAUGCCCGUUCCAACUCGCCCAUGAAUCCUCAGCGGGAUCCCAACUACCGACCUUCGUCUCGCGGUGCCCAGGGUAUGCUUAACUUCAACGAGGCUUCCACCAAUCUUUCCGCUCGUGAACAGGAGCACGUUGCUCGCAUGACUGGCUCUUCAUUCUUCAAUAUGUCAAAUGACAACCGGAAAGCACAGGCGCCGGUAAACCCUAUGGGCCUUGUCUCGCACAUCGAUGCUCGGGAGCGCGAGAAGCGUGAAAUGAGAGAGGGAAUGUCGAACCAGGCGGUUCAACAGGCCAUUGCACACCGUCAGCAACACAUGAUGCAGCAACCUAUGAUGCAGCAGCAACAGUACGCGCCUCAGCAGUUCUCACCGCCGUUCUCACCUCAGCCGAUGCAGCCCCAACAGGCUGGCUCUGUGUAUCCGUCUCAACAUGGUCGCCACGAGUCCAUGUACAACAUUCCUGGUGCUAGCCACACAUGGGAUGCCCUAAACCAGACGAAUCGCCCUGACGAACCCCGUCGAUCAUCCUGGUACGGACAGCUUGCGCAGGCCCCUCAAACACCGCCUAGCUACCAACAAAGCCAGUACUCUCAAGAACCGAGGUACUACACCCAUGCUAAAUAGACCGGCACCUUCCCUCGUGUCUGACUGUCUGUCUCCCACCUAUCAUUUCGUCAACACCUCGACUUUCCUUUCAGUCCUUCCAACUUCUCAUUCCCUACACAUCAUUAGCAGUAUCAUUUUCUUAUUAUGUUCAACUCGCCAUUCCAGCAUACCUAUCACCCUUUGCACUUGGCUUCCAAACCCUUCUCUUGCACGCAAUUCUUCUUGCACUUCCCAACAUCGCUCAUUAUCAUUUCUUUAUCUCUCAUUGCUUCUUUGCUUCUUUGCAUCACGCAUCCAACCGGAGUUCCAGAUGGGCGUGGUGGGAUCGUCCCUGAUUUUUUUGCGAGUUGCUUGCUUACCUAUCAUUAUAUCGGGGUCCUUGCCUUUACUCUUCCCUUUUUAUUAACAUGUUUGUUUCAAAAUGUAAAUCAGACUCGUGGAAAUAUCCGGCCUGUAUGUACGCGGUAUAGAUUGACCAUGGAUAUCAAACCAGGCGAUUACUAUUUGUCUUUUACACUGAAUUUUUUUUCCGAGUGAGAAUUUUGUAGUAGUAAGGAGGGUAUAUUCUGAA